AAAGAGUGAGGGCAUCAAAUCAUCAUCUCAACCCCAACGCGACAUAAUAAGAAUACUGCUAUUUGUAUGUAAUACCACUCUUUCCCUGCAAUUUCUUCGUUUGACGCAUACCCACACAUCCCCUACCCUUUCCCCAGGGUGCUAUAAAUUCGAAAUUUCAUUGGAGUAGAAGAGAAAGGGAUAAUAUCAUAAAGAAAAAUGGCCGACCAGCUAACCGACGAUCAGAUCUCCGAAUUCAAGGAAGCCUUCUCCCUAUUUGACAAGGACGGCGAUGGUUGCAUCACUACUAAGGAGCUUGGGACUGUGAUGCGCUCUCUGGGACAGAACCCAACUGAGGCUGAGCUUCAAGAUAUGAUCAAUGAGGUUGAUGCUGAUGGGAAUGGGACAAUUGACUUCCCUGAGUUCCUCAACUUGAUGGCCCGGAAGAUGAAGGACACUGAUUCCGAGGAGGAGCUGAAGGAAGCUUUCCGGGUUUUUGACAAGGACCAAAAUGGUUUCAUUUCUGCCGCUGAACUCCGCCAUGUCAUGACAAAUCUCGGUGAGAAGCUUACUGACGAGGAGGUUGAUGAAAUGAUUCGAGAGGCCGAUGUGGAUGGUGAUGGGCAGAUCAACUACGAGGAGUUUGUCAAGGUCAUGAUGGCCAAGUGAGAACUUAAAUUUUUUGAUGAAUGAAGAUAGACAAGAAAAAGGAAGGACUGGUCUAUUUAUGAGAUUUCCAUUUCUUGUUAGGACGUGUUCUUUCAGCAUUAUUAAUUUUGUUUGAAUUCUUGCAUGUUUCUACGUUUUGCAUCGUUUUUAAGUGCUUUUCUUCAGUACAUGCUUGUUUGCUAUGUGCCCUGUUUUAACAUUCCAGGUUGUUAGUGUCUUCAACUAAAACUUUCGGUAUUAUUAACGUAAAACAAUUGGAGAACUACGAUGUUUUUCACAAGUUUGACA